AUGUUACCUCGCUCUGAUGAUUUCCGUCAUAUGACGGACGAAAGCUUAGCACGCUUUUACUGGAAUCGAAGCAGAUUGCAUCGGAAACAGCGUCAGCAUGAAUGUUCUAGUAAAGCCAAUCGACAGCUGGUCAAGAGGAAUCCUCCGUCGUCUUCUGGUGGAACCGACCAUCGAAUCUCUUCACCCAACACUUCCAUUCGAAAUGGAAACUUUCUCAAAUUGCAGAAUAUGGCGGACAGUCUUGUGGACAGGAUGGAUAAGAUCCAUAGAUGGCGAGAUGAUAACAAAUUGAGAAAUUUAGGCAUCAACAUCAGCUCAAUGAAUCAUCGAAACAAUAGGGAGGCCUCUCCGUUGCCCCGCUGGGAGGAUCUCGCAUCACCCCCCUACGAGUCAGAAGACAGGCUGCGACUUCUUCGAACACCACACCGGACGAACCAACGCUCGAGUCCCGUCUCAUCUUCGAUUGCCACUCUCCAUCCAACAUCAAACUCUGCAAUUUCUCUUGGCUCGUUUAUUCCAGCCAACCAUUCGGUUUCCAAUUCGGACGCCGCCAGCCUCGCUAAAGGCAGUCCACUCAACUCAUCACGCGACAUCACUAACCAUACUUCUGCUUCCUUCUGCAAUGUACCCAUUAUCCCUGGACUUGGUACAGAUCACGUGGCAAUUAAUUUUACUAGUUCGGAUGUUCUUCAGCCAGCUCCGCAUACCACUGCUUCCCCAGACCUUGUGGCGAGCGGACAGUCCACUGGCCACGUCACGUAA